AUGCCAGACCACACGUCUAUGGGCAUAACCACCACUGCUAACACGAAUCGCCUGUAUGAGCCUCCUGGGUGCACGUCCCAUCAAAAUGGCGAGAAAUACGGGGAGACGACGCCCGCAAAGGCUGCCCUUAGCGUUCAGUCGAAUCAUCAGAAUGGGUUCCGGACCCCGGUAUCAACAGUCUCGCGGUCCUCCAGUCCAACAUAUUUAAAGGCACAUGAGCGUCGUAUCAUCGGGGAUGACACCCUUGGAUCAACUCCAGGAGCUCGGGUGUCUAGGGACCAUACCCAACAAGUCAGCCACGGCAAACUGGAGACAUUGUCUCGAUCUUUGCAUAACUCGCUGCCUUCCCGAGAAGAUAUGGAAAGAAUAUGCAUCGCCAGUCAGCACCCCUCUGUGCUCGCUCAUGAAAUAAUGACCAUGCCAUACACUACACUCUGCCAGAAUGGGCUGAAAACUCCCAAGGUUCUACUAGAGAUCCCUGGUCCACAUCAACACCCGGUCUUGCUUGCGAGGCACAUGCUACUGCUGGCUACAUUUAUGCAACAUCUUCACCCCAAUCUUCAAAAAGAGAUCAAAGGCCUCUCAGAGUCUCCACAAGAUAUAAUGGAACGACUGUCCAACCUGGCCAUCCGCCUGGUAACGACAGACGACGAACUGCUUGGAAGCAUUGAGAGUCUUGAGUGUGUCAUGAUCGAAAGUGUAUUCCACGCGAAUGUUGGCGAUUUGCGCCGAAGUUGGCUGGCGGGCCGCAGAGCAAUGAAUAUUGCACAGAUCAUGGGCCUCAAUCGAAUGGGUCACAAAGCACAGUACCAGAUUCUUGAUUCUAGUUUGAACUACCACCCGCAGUUCAUGUGGUUUCGGAUACUCUUUACGGACAGAUAUCUUUGUCUGAUGCUAGGGUUUUCCCAGGGCUCUCUUGACCGCAGCAUGGGCUCCGAAGAGUUGCUCACGAGUGAUACCCCUGUGGGCCGGCUCGAGCGGAUCCACUGCGUUGUUGCAUCUCGAAUAUUGGAGCGGAACGAAUCUCGCUCAAACAUCGAAGACCUUACUCUGACGCGAGCCAUCGACAUGGAAAUGCAGGGUGCUGCCAGAAGCCUACCUAGCAAGUGGUGGCUGACCCCGGACAUGAGCAGCAAAUUAACCGAUGCUCAAGAGCUGUUCUGGAACACCAGACGUAUCUUUGCACAGCUAAUGCACUACAAUCUUCUGAACCAACUCUAUCUACCCCAUAUGCUUCAUUCGCCAUCAGCGUCACGCAGCUUGGCAUACUCGCGCCUGACGUGUGCCAGUGCCUCGCGUGAGAUUCUCUCACGUUUUAUCACGCUACGAAGCUUCAACGGAUUUGCCUAUAGCUGCCGCACAGUCGACUUCCUAGCUCUGAUGGCCGCCUUGACGUUGCUGCUGGCCCAUCUGGACAGUCGCCGCCACCCGACCGACGCGGGGGACCUCCUCGCCCACCAUUAUCACAGCGACCGGGCGAUGAUUGAGAAAAUCCAAGAGAACAUGGAUGAGUUUAAUCGGCUUCACUCAGACGCACUGAGUGCGCGGAGCACAGAUCUGCUACGUCGGCUAUCAACUCUUGACGCUGACACUACCAACUCAACCUUGCGGAAAGUCAAUGUGAUAAAAGAAGCAGGCGGCACUCUUACAUCCAAUGUGGAAAUCAACACUAUAGUGAGCGUCGACAUCCCGUAUUUUGGCACCAUCGAGAUUUUACAAGAAGGGACGAGCAAAGAAAUUUCCAAAGCUGGACCCGCCUCUGCAACAGCCAGCGGCCCCGCGAAAUCACCGCAAGGAGUCUCGCCACCAUGUACUCCGGUCCAGUCUCAAAUUAACACAGUAAUGAGUGCUGAGGACGGCAUCUCAAUUGCUGCUGGUUGCAGUCCCAGCGAUGCACACCUCGAGCCACUUGCCGCUCUUGGCACGAAUGAGGUUGAACUAUAUGAUUCGCAACUCUUACAACAAGAGCAGUAUCCUGGGUUGGUAGCAGACAGAGAAGAUUGGGUCUUUCAGGGUGUGGACUCCUUCUUCUUUGAAACUCUACUUGACGGCACUAGCAACAGGGAUACGGAAUCUACGGCGUAG